AUGGAACUUUCUGGUGCUGCAAGCGUUAUCGCAGUGAUCCAGCUUACAGGAGCUAUCACGCAUAUAUGUGCUAGUUAUAUCAGAAAAGUUGGCGAAGCAAGACAAGACAUCCUCCACCUUCAGGAGGAGAUCCACGCCCUUUCCCGGGUACUCGAAUCGCUCAACAGCCUUCUUCAGAGCACGAACCGUACGAAAAUUGCUGCUCCCAAUGACCUGACCGACAAUCUUGCGAAAUGUUCAUCGACUCUCACGAUGUUGAAGGAGAAAAUCGACCCAAAAAAGGCUCAAACACAGAUGAGGAAAUGGGGCUUUCGGGCUUUCAAGUGGCCUCUACAUCGUGCGGAGGUGGACAAGGCCAUUAGCGAAAUCGAGAGGAGACUCGCCGAUGUUUUGCACCGAAAGAUAGAUAUUGGCCGGUUACGUGUCGCCAAAGGGGCAGCAUUCAAUGACUAUGAGAACCAACAUACUGAGUGCCUUACCGGAACCCGGGUUGAGGUGCUUCGCGACAUCGACAACUGGGCUAGUAUGGCCUAUGGAAAAUGUAUCUUUUGGUUAAACGGCAUGGCCGGCACUGGAAAGUCGACGAUUUCCCGAACUGUCGCAGGCCGAUUAAAACGACAAGACCGCCUUGCAGCAAGCUUUUUCUUCAAAAGAGGCGAACAGGACCGAGGAAAUGCCAAACUACUCUUUUCGACGAUUGCGAAGCAAUUAGGAAGCUCCAUGCCUCAGCUGAGCCUCGAUAUUCAAAACGCAAUCGAGGAUGAUCCGGAUAUAUCCGACCGGGUGCUUAGGGAACAAUUUGAGAAACUUAUUCUACAGCCACUCUCUGCAGCCAAGCACUGUCCAAAUACAAUUAUGGUGGUCGUGAUCGAUGCUUUGGAUGAAUGCGACCGGACAGAUGAUAUCCAGGUUAUUCUCCAUCUCUUACCUCGAGUCCAACAGUCAACUUCAAUGCGGCUACGAUUCCUAAUAACGAGCAGGCCUGUAUUGCCAAUCAAAUCAGGCUUUGAGCGGAUUCCAGAUGACUAUCAAGAUCUGAUUCUCCAUGAGGUUCCAACUCAAGUGAUUCAACAUGACAUAUCCUUGUAUAUCAGGGAUCGAUUCUCCAAACUAAGGCAAGAGCGAUCACUCCCGCUCGACUGGCCUGGAGAACAGUCUACCAAAAUCUUGAUUGAGAAAUCUGUCCCGUUAUUCAUAUCUGCUGCCACUCUAUGCCGAUUCGUUGGUGACGCGAACUGGAGUCCCCAGCAACGUCUGAAUGCGAUCCUUGAGGACCAGGCUAUCUAUGUUUCAAAGAUGGACAACACGUAUUUCCCUGUGCUGAACCAACUCCUUGUUGGCCAGGAUGCAUGGGAGUUGCGGCGGCUGAUCGAAGAAUUCCAGGAGGUUGUCGGAGUUAUUAUCCUGCUUUUCACUCCGCUCUCCGUUGGUGCCAUCUCUAGCCUCCUGGGAAUUGGGAAGGACGACGUUCAAAAUCGAUUAAGGCCCUUUCACUCCGUCCUCAGAGUGCCCGACGAUACGGAGACACCUGUCAGGCUUUUCCAUCUGUCCUUUAGAGACUUCCUGUUGAAUCCCCAAACAAAAGACAGCAGCCAAUUCUGGAUAGAUGGGAGAAAGGUGCAUCAAGUCCUCAUAACACGAUGCGUAAAUGUCAUGGGGCAGAAGCUGAAGAAGAAUAUGUGCAAUCUGGACGGUGAUGGUACACUGCGCACUGAAGUCCACGGCAGUUCCAUUGAUCAUCAUCUACCCUUGGAAUUGCAAUAUUCCGUUCGUUACUGGGUGUAUCAUUUGGUACAAAGCGAAGAGCCUGUCACCGGGGCCUUGACGGCUAUUUCAUUCCUUAAGGUGCAUUUUCUCCACUGGCUAGAGGCCAUGAGUCUUCUAGGAAUACUAACCGAAGCCUUGCCGAUGAUGCAUCUGUUACAGUCAGUUGUUCAUGAUUCUGAAACGGCCCAUCUGAUACUCGACCUCCGACGAUUCAUACUUCGGAAUAGACAUAUUGCUGAUAUCGCGCCGCUCCAACUCUACUCUUCCUGUCUCAUAUUCGCACCGGAAAUGUCCAUAACAAGAACGCUGUUCUGCAGAGAGCCCCCUAGCUUAAUAAGAAGGCUGCCGAAGGUCGAAAACCUAUGGGGCACCGAGUUACAAACUCUAGAGGGCCAUACAGGCCCAAUCGGAGCAGUGGCUUUCUCACCAAUCGACCAAGUACUCGCAACUUGUUCCCAUGAUAAGACCAUUAAGUUUUGGGAUACAACAACUGGUUCACUACGACAGAGCUUAUCAGGUCAUUCGGAUUGGGUUCGAGCGAUUGCAUUCUCGUCAAGUGGUCGGUUACUAGCGUCAGGCUCUCAGGAUAGUACCGUGAAGCUCUGGGACGCUGUUACUGGAGCCCCACUAAACGAUUUUUGUGGCCAUUCUGGACCAAUCUGCUCUGUGGAUUUCUCACCUAGUGGCGACCUCGUGGUAUCUGGCUCAGUUGAUUGCACCCUUAGGCUUUGGGAUGUCACCACUGGGUCUUUGAAACGUACGCUCAAUGGCCAUACGCAACCCGUCCAGGCUGUGGCCUUUUCACCGAACGGUGAAGUGUUGGUAUCUGGUUCCCAGGAUAAGACCAUUAAACUAUGGGCUACUACACCUGGAUCACUAGAGCAGACUUUGGAAGGCCAUUCAGACUGGGUUCGGGCUAUUGCAUUCUCGUCAUGCGGUCGCCUCAUAGCCUCAGGAUCUCACGAUGGUACUGUAAGGGUCUGGGAUGCCGGCGCUGGCGCCGUAAAGCAAGCUUUUACUGUUCAAGGACAUCUGAGAAAUACCGUGGUUGGACAUCAGGCUUCAGUCGGGGCUGUGGCAUUUUCCCCGGACGGCCGGCUUCUGGCAUGCGGCACCCACGAUAGUACUAUUAGUCUAUGGGAUAUCACCACCGGUGCCUUGAGAACAACUCUAGCGGGCCACAUAUUUUCGGUUGGGGCGCUUGCUUUCUCACCAGACAGUCAGUUGCUGGCAUCCGGCUCUUUCGACAGCACAGCUAAGCUUUGGGACAUCUCCACCGAGGCCUUGCAAAGCAGUUUAAUCGAAGAGACUCCCCCGGAGGUUAUAGAUGGUCAUUCGGGCACAGUCGGUAUUGUUGCAUUCUCAUUCGACAAAAAGAUUCUGGCAUCUGGCUCCAUUGAUAAAACAGUCAAACUCUGGGACGUCAUUACUGGAAGCCUUCUAUAUACACUAGAGGGUCAUUUGGAUCUCAUUUGGGCCGUUGAAUUCUCGCCAGAUGGACGCCUUCUUGCAUCGGGAUCCAAUGACGGUGCGAUUAAGCUCUGGGACACAUAUAAUGGGGCCCUGCAACACACCUUGGAUGGCCAUUCAGGGGCAAUUCGAGCUGUGGCAUUUUCACCGGGCUGUCAGCUGCUGGCGUCAGGCUCCACCGAUAACACAGUCAAGGUUUGGAACUCUGCCGAUGGGACAUUGAAACAAGACCUCUCAGUCAAAGGCGUUGUCACCGACAUGAAAUUUUCAAUUGACGGCGCCACCCUAGAAACAAGCCUCGGGCAGCUGAGUAUUGAAUCCUCUCCGAGCAAUUACACGUUCGUUCCUACGCUGCCUACUACCGAGUUAUCGAUAGAAGACAGUUGGAUAUCGCUCCGUGGCAGGAAGGUUCUAUGGUUGCCACCGACGCGUCGGCCAUCCUGUUCAGCAGUGAAAGAGCGUACAGUUGCCCUGGGGCACACGUCUGGAGUUGUCUCUCUUAUAGAAUUCUGUACUUGA